AUGGCUCGCUUUGGAGAGGCGAUGGCUGGCAGGCUGGGAUCCGGAGAUGGAGCUGCCGAGCAGAACAGGAACCGCCAGGGAGCCCCUGCCCCUUCGGGGGGGACCCCGGUAGCGUACAAGCAAACCAAAGCCCAACGGGCCAGGACUAUGGCACUGUACAACCCUAUACCCGUCCGUCAGAACUGCUUCACAGUCAACAGAUCUCUCUUCAUUUUUGGGGAAGACAACAUUGUCAGGAAAUAUGCCAAGAAGCUGAUCGACUGGCCAUAUCCUUUUCCCCUGUGUCCCCUUUCCAUCUGA